AUGCAGUGCUCUUUUGUAGGUGAUAUUCCACUGGUGUCGACGAGUUCGGGUACGCAAUCUGGUUUAGCUCAAGACUUUUAUCAGUCAAAGAACGCUCUUCUGCUUGCAGAGUCUCUGUUCCCCACGAAUAGUGUAUUUUCUGGAGGAAAAACCAAAAUCUUAUCCACUGAUCAUCUUUCGAACAUCCGCUCUGUGUUACAGAAUCUUUUAUCCGAGAACGAAAUCGAGGUGGACUUGACAACCUACGCGACCUGCAGCCGAAAGGAAUUCGUGCAACGCACGUUCGAGCCCAAACUAUCGCGCAUUUUUUCGACCUUAACUCACGGCUGUCGUUUUGAAAACACCUACGACAUCUCCGCUCGCUCCGCCGUUCUCUUCGCGCUCUGCUCGUGCAUCCCGAACUCGCUUCCGAAGGCGUGUCACGCUCUCUUGGAAACGCUCAUCGACUUCAACGAAUCCGAGCGCGAAAGCGGCCUCUGUUUGGAAGACGAGCUCUUCCUGCAAACCACCAACUACGGCCAGAUCCACCAUCUCAUCGAGCUCUGGAAGCUCUUCGUCAGCUGGAUCGACGAGCAGAGCGACUCGCACUCCGCCGAUUCUGACGCUUCGCCGCUCGCCGACUGCGAAUCCGACCUUCUCGGCAGCGUUCGCGUGCUCUUCCGCGCCGCCGUCGUGCUUCUCCAGCUCAGCGGCGUGGUGAAGAAGUACCGGGCCACGCUCUGCAGCGGGCUGGCGAAGCUCUUCGCGCUGGACCCGGCGUGUGUGCCGCGGUUUUUCCACGAAAUCACGGGGAAAUGGCCGGUCUGCACGUCGCGGAAAGGAGUGGCGAUGCUGGAGCUACUGCAGGAUCUGCUGGAGGAGAGCGAGGUGCUGGAGGAGAGCGCGUUCGAGGGUGAGAUCACGGCGCUGCUGGAGUGGAUUUGCAAGCUGGUGAACGGAAACCAGGCGGAGAUUUGCAUGCAGGGCAUUCAGAUUCUGGACUCGGAUCGCGUGCUGCUGAAGUACAUUGUGUGCAAGCCGUAUCGGGUGCGGAUGGUGGAGCAGUGCUUGAAUCGGAAUCGUAGGGGCGCGGGAGGCGUGGGAGAGUAG